AUGUUAGGAUUUGCAAAUAGAGGAUUGAAGAAGUUCUUGAGUUCCACUGUAACUUCCUCGACUUUUCAAUCAUCUAGAACAUCGUUGUUCAGACAAUCCAAUGGAUUGAGAGCAUUUGGAUCAUCGCUAAGUAGAUUCUACUCUAGUGAAUCACAGGAUUUGGGUGAGAGAGAAUCGGAUCAGUUCGAUGUUGUCAUCGUUGGUGCUGGUCCAUCUGGUUUGUCAGCUGCCAUCAGAUUGAAGCAAUUGGCGCAACAAGCAAACACUGAUCUACGUGUAUGUGUAGUAGAGAAAGGUGCUGAAGUCGGUUCACACAUUCUCUCUGGUGCUGUCAUCCAGCCAACUGCAUUGAACGAGUUGAUUCCAGAUUGGAAAGAAAAAGGUGCACCAUUAAAUACACCGGUUACAGAUGAUAAAUUCUAUGUUCUAACAGAGAAUCACUCGAUUAGAUUGCCAACACCUCGUUUCAUGCAUAACGAGGGUAACUAUAUUAUCAGUUUGGGUAAUUUCAUAAAGUGGAUGGGUCAGCAGGCAGAGGAAUUGGGUGUGGAGAUUUACCCGGGAUUCGCUGCCUCUGAGGUGCUCUACGACGAGAAGGGUAACGUCAACGGUAUCGCCACUAGCGAUAUGGGUAUCGGUAAGGACGGUAAACCAACCUCACACUUUACACGUGGUAUGGAAUUGCGUGCGAAAUGCACUCUCUUUGCCGAAGGUUGUCGUGGAUCUCUCACCAAACAACUAAUGAAAAAGUUUGAUUUAAAUAAGAAUUGUGAACCACAAACUUAUGGUCUUGGUAUUAAAGAGUUAUGGCAAAUCGAUCCAUCAAAACAUAAACCAGGUUUGGCAAUUCAUACAGUUGGAUUCCCAUUGGAUAUGAAAACAUAUGGUGGUACUUUUGCCUAUCAUUUGGAGGAUAAUCUGAUGGCUAUUGGUUUGGUCAUCGGUUUGGACUAUACCAAUCCAUAUUUGAAUCCCUACCAGGAGUUCCAGAAAUUCAAGCUGCAUCCACUGUUGAAGCCAAUGCUGGAAGGCGCCACUUGCCUUCAGUACGGAGCGAGAACAAUCAAUGAAGGUGGUCUCCAGUCGAUUCCCGAUCUGGUGGUUCCAGGUGGUGCGCUGGUCGGUUGCUCGGCCGGCUUUGUCAACGUGCCGAAAAUCAAGGGAAGUCACAACGCCAUGAAGACCGGUAUGCUCGCCGCCGAGUCGGUGUUCGAAGAGUUGCAAAAGGACAAGGACGCCAGUGCAAUCACCAUCGCCAGCUACCCGCAAAAAGUGCGUGACUCCUGGGUGUGGAAGGAUUUGUACGAGGUGAGAAACUACCGACCGGCUUUCCACUGGGGAUUCAUCCCCUGGUUUAUUUUCGGUGCCAUCGAGAUCUAG